AUGGCGAGAGAAAGUGGUGUUGCGCACAAAGUGAUUUCUGUUAUUUUGCGUCUUGCAGAGCUUGCCAGCGCAAUAAUUGUUCUUGGAAUCCUCUCACGCUUCUGUUACCUUGCUGGCAUUGCGGAGGCGCACAUCGACGGACGUAUCAUUUAUACCAUCGUCGUCGCAUGUCUCGGUAUCCUCUAUUCGGUAUUCUUCUGCCCGCCAUUCAAGAAUAUGUUCCUGGGCUUCCCAUUUGACUUUGUCUUGUUUGUUAUGUGGCUGGUGGCAUAUUGCCUGCUUCAAACGAGAACAGGCACUCAUACAUGCUCUGCUAAUUGGUAUUAUAACUACUGGGGCUAUUAUUGGGGUCGUUUCUGGCAUGUUGGACGUGUUGGGACAGUGGAUAUUGGCGAUGCGGGUUGCGCCCCAUGGAGAACAGCCUUGGCCUUUUCGUUCAUCGCGUGGUUCUUACACUUUCUUAGUGGUAUCCUUGGUGCGUAUGUUUUCGUCACCUAUAUCAGGCUGGACGAGACCAAAAACGACCUCAGGCAACAUGCCGAAAAGCUGACAAAGUAA